GGUUACCUCUUGGAGGGGUGGGAAGUGAGGAGAGCUGAACAGUGUUUGGAAUAAUAUGGUAAUAACUUUACAGCAGAGGGGACAAAGUGAGAAAGCUGGUGCUAAUUCACUGUAAUGGAUCCCCAUUUUGAUGGCGUAAAAUACACACAGCAAGAUCGUGGGGUUCUCAUCCGACACACUGAUGAAAAAAAAAGAAAACUAAGAAAUUCACAAAAUGUUAAAGAGGGCACCUAUGGUGUAAGCAUCAGGGUCCAGGGAAUAGAUGGACAUCCGUUUGUUGUCUUAAAUAAUAAAGAAGGAUGCUUACCGAAUAAUAUUCCUGCACCUGAAACAGAUCAUCUUUCUGUCAGCAAAUCAGUACUGAAUUCAAAGAACAAACAAAAUUCUCUAAAGGAUGAUGAUUUCCCAGAUGAUUUUCCAGAAAAUCCAUAUAAACAAACAUGUAAAACAUCAAAUAAAGUAAACUCUAUAUGUUCUGUGAAUGGUCCCUCUGACAAUAAAGAAGGAUCCCUAAAAACAAAUCUGUUUCAUUUUCAAAGAAAUCCUGAGCUUUUGAAACCAUAUGAUCCAAAUGAACAUGGUUUGAACGCAGACCAUUAUUAUUCCUCUACAAAUAGUAUAGGUGUAACUGUUACUGAACAAGAGAAUAAGAAAGAUUACAAGCUUUCAAGAUCUUUCCAAAAAGAUCCUUUUGUCAGAAAUGUAAGCAAAAAUUUGGUGGAUUCAGUAAAAUCUGAUAAUAAGGAUAUGUCUGCCAAGAAAGAAGACCAAUACAAAUCUCCGAUGGACAAUAGCAGUAUUUUAAGCAAUACUAGUGAGAAUUAUACUUCCGAGUCUUUUUCAUCCAGUAAUGGAUCCCCAUAUAGUAGCAAUUCUACAGUUCUUGCAGAGUCCAGAAAGGCCAGACCAGAUGUUCUUCAGUUCAGAAGACAGGAUUCUGCAGGACCAGUUCUGGAGAGCUCUCGGUCACGUAGGUCAUCCGGUUCAUCGACCACGGCAACCUCGUGUCAGUCUUUACAUAAAUUCUGGCUAGAGGAACAAGAAGAUGCUCUUUAUGCUGAUAAUGUAAACCGGCAUGAAAAUCGGAGGUAUAUUCCUUUUAUACCUGGGACCGGUCGCGAUAUUGACACUGGGUGCAUUCCUGGAGUGGAUGAAUUGAUAGAAAAAUUUGAUACAAAUGUCCCUGUGCAAAAAAGAGGCAGAUCAGCCAGACGGAAUAGAAUUAACCCAGAAGAUAGAAAGAGGGCGAGAAGUGUUGACAGUGCGCUACCAUUCGGUCUUCAAGGUAAUACAGAUUAUUUAAAUGAGUUUAGCAGAAAUUUAGGGAAGUCAAAUGAACACUUAUUAAAACCAUCAAAGAUCUGCCAGCAGAAACCACACACGCAAAACUAUAAACUACCCUUCAAGAGACAAAACACCACUGAAAGCCUUGCCAUCCAAGCUUCACCACCAGAAAGUGUCCAGCGGCAAAACUACAGUUCUCUGCAGUAUCACAAAGACACAAAAAAUAACAGGGUUACCUCAUUUGAUGAAACAGAUUCUGCCACACUGCCAAGCCAAAGCAAGAGAAGUGUGGACAUUAAAACAAUGAAGUCUUCUCUAAAGUUACAGAGCUGCAUUACUCUAUCAUCUGACCAGGGGAAUAGGAAGGUUACUUCUAACACGCAUGCUUCAGGUCAAAGUGCACAGGCGACGCCAGAUCUUUUGAAGGGCCAGCAGCAACUCGCACAGGAAACUAAUGAAGAGACUGCAAAACAGAUACUCUUUAAUUACUUGAAAGAAGGGAGUCAUGAGAAUGAUGAUGCAACAAAAAGAAAAGUCAAUUUAGUUUUUGAAAAAAUUCAGACUCUAAAGUCCCGGGCAUCCAGCACUGUGCAGACUCCUGAUCCAGCAGCAGAAAUCAAGAUUUUGUCUGAUCAGAAAAAUGAGCUGGAAAAGAAGCUUGUUGACCUCCAGAAGCAACUUAAUGAGCAAAUUAAGAGUCAUGAAAACAACAAAGAAGAGAAGAAUAAGACAAAGGCAAACAUGAAAGAUGUCCAGGUACAACUUGAACACAGUAUGGAGGAAAACUUAGUUCUUCGUGGGAAACUGGGGGAGAGCGAGAAAGAAUUAAGAAAACACUUAGAAGAGUUGUUUGAGCUGAAGAUGGAGCAGGAACAGUAUCAGACAGAGAUCAGAGACCUGCAAGAACAGCUGUCGGAGAUGCAUGAUGAAUUGGACAGCGCAAAGCGCUCCGUUGAUGAUGAUGAUGGGGAGAGGGAGGCUUUGAUAGAGGAGCUCAUACACAUGAAACAAGGAGCCCAAGAGCUGUUAAUUGUGAAAGAAGAACUAGAGGACCUGUUAAAGAAGAGAGAACGUGAACUCACUGCCUUAAAGGGAGCACUGAAAGAAGAGGUAUCCACCCAUGAUCAGGAGAUUGAUAAACUUAAGGACAAAUAUGAGAGAGAGCUGAAGAAGAUUCGAGAGAGUCUGGAUAAGGCAAUUAAGAAUGGGAAUGAUAUCGCCAGUCAGAAGAAUGAAGUACAUGAAAUAAAAACUGCAUGUGAAAAUAGAGCAAAAAGUUUAUUGCAAGAGAAUGAAGAACUGAAACGAAAGAUACAUCAACUAGAGGCCAAAAUAACAGAUCUUCAGGAGAAUAUCGAUGAGCUUCAUGAGGACAAUGACAGGGUUAAAGAAAGACUGAAGAAAACUGAGAAAGAAAAGCAACUGCUGUCCGAAGCUUUAGAAGAUGCUAAAGAGCAAGAGAAGGAAGCUGUACAGAUUUCUAGGGGACUUGAGAAUCAACUGGAAGAUACAAAGAGAAGCCUCACUAGAAUCAGUCAUGAGCAUCAUCAGUUAACGGAGAGAUUAAAAGAUGAAUCUCAUCAGAAAGAGCAACUUAGAAAUGUGAAAAAUGAAAUGGAGAAUGAGCGCUGGCAGCUGGACAAGACCAUAGAGAAGCUACAAAAAGAGAUUUCAGAUCAUGUCGAGUUUUCCCGGAUGUCUACUGUGGAGCUUCAGAAACAGUUUGAUGAGUAUAAAGACAGAUAUUGUAAGGAGGGUGCUGAAAUGCAAAGGCAGUUCAAGGAUAAGACCUUGGAAGUGGAAAGAUGCAAUCAAACAAUCAGGAAGCUACAAGACGAGGUCAGACAUUUGGAAGAAAAUCUACAAGACCACCAGAGAGCCCAUGAUGAAUCGCUGACCAAGAAUCAUCUUUUACAACAAACUAUUAAAGAUCUUCAGUAUGAACUAGAUGCUAAGAACCAUAUGAAGGAUGAUCGUACCAGACAAAUGAAGUCAAUGGAGGACAAAAUGUCCCAGUUGGAAAUGGAGCUUGAUGAAGAAAAGAACAAUUCAGACCUGCUGUUAGAAAGGAUAACCAGAUGCAGAGAGCAGAUUGAACAAAUGAGGGGAGAACUACUUCAAGAACGCGCUACGAAGCAAGAUUUGGAGUGUGACAAAAUGUCCUUGGAAAGACAGAACAAAGAUCUGAAAAGCAGAAUAGCUCAUCUUGAAAAUUCACAUCGAUCCAAUAAAGAAGGGCUUGUCGCACAGAUGGAAGGAAGAAUAGCAGAGUUGGAAGAACGCCUGGAAAAUGAAGAAAGGGAGCGGGCAAGUCUCCAAAUGAACAACCGCAGGCUGGAGAGGAAGGUGAAAGAGAUUAUGAUGCAGGUUGAUGAUGAGCAUCUUUCUUUAACAGAUCAGAAAGAUCAGCUAACUUUACGUUUGAAAUCAAUGAAGAGACAAGUUGAAGAAGCUGAAGAAGAAAUAGAUAGGUUAGAAAGUGCUAAGAAGAAACUUCAGAGAGAUUUGGAGGAGCAAAGUGACAUCAAUGAGCAACUGCAGGGACAGCUAAAUGCUGCAAAGAAGGAACUAAGCAGGCGCAGGAGCUCCCCUGGCAAGAUGCUGAAUGACCUUGAUGAUGACGAUGACUUGAGCACUGAUGGAGAGAGUCUUUAUGAUGCUCCUUCUGUAUAUAAAUAUUCUCGUGAUGACACCCUAAUAGCCUAAACUGGGUCUCAUGUUUAGAUUAUAAAAUACAAGCUAAAUAUCUAA